GUGUCAUUUUCAGUAAAUUCUGAAUAAAAGGACCACAACUUCUCAUCAGAGGAAAACUGUGAGGUCUCGGACAGAACAGUAAAGAACAAUGAGUGCUACAGAAGAAGCUGAAGCUUUGAAAAUGUUAUUUCGGAAUCAGAAUGCAUUUCUAAUACCAAAGAUUAUGUUUACUGCCUCUGAUCUUGGUGUGUUUGACCCGCUGAUGGAGUCCAAAGAACCGUUGACUUCAGUGUCUAUUGCCGAACGUCUGGGUACCAGUCCCUUUGGGAUGGAGAGGCUGCUGGACGCCUGUGUUGGCUACAAGUUCCUGCAAGUGGAAAGGAAGGACAACCAAACGCUUUAUGGAAAUACCAACAUUGCCAAUCUCUACCUUGGCAAAAGAAGCCCAAAGACUCAGUAUUAUUCCUUGAAGUUGAAUGCUGAAUUUGUCUAUAUGAGAGCACAGCACCUGGCUGAUUCUGUGAGGGAAGGAGAGGCUCAGACAUAUAGAUUAAGUGACAGUUCUACAAAAAAAUUCUACGAGGCUAUGUACAGAUCAGAGAGCAGCUUGCGAGAAUUCAUGGAGUAUAUGCAUGAGAUGUGGAGCCUCUGUGGUCGAGAUGUGUUGAAUGCAUUUGAUCUCUCUAAUUUCCCACUAGUUUGUGAUUUGGGAGGAUGUAGUGGAGCCCUAGCAAAGGAAUAUAUUUCAUUGUAUCCAAAUUCUACAGUGACCAUUUUAGACCUACCGGAAGUAGUGGAAACAGGAAAGAAGCAUUUUGUCUCCUCAGAGGAACACAGAAUUACUUUUCACAAAGGUGAUUUUUUUAAAGAUCCAAUUCCGGAAGCUGACCUGUAUAUUUUGGCUAGGAUCCUGCACAGCUUUACAGAUGAGAAUUGUGUGCAACUGCUAACCAGACUGAACAAAGCCUGCAAGCCUGGUGGUGGAGUUCUAGUAGUGGAAAUAGUUCUCAACGAAGACAGAACGGGGCCAGUGGAAGCUCAUAUAUAUGGUUUGGUUAUGCUGCUUUGUACUCAAGGAAAAGAACGGACCCUGUCAGAGUACAAUGGGCUUCUCAGUGCCGCCGGCUUUAAGGAGAUUCAGCAAAAGAAAACAGGCCUCUUUGACGCCAUUUUAGGAAGAAAAUAACAUUGACCAAGAACAUUCUGUGAGCGUCGUGACUGAAUGGAUAUAUUUCAGCCUGAUUCUUUGCAGCCAUAACUGAACAUGCUUAAUCGCUAUACUUUUUUCGCAAAUCCUCACCUUGUGAAAAUAUCUCCUCCAUCCCCCUGCUUCUCAUUAUGGUUGAAUACUAAGAGAAGUAAUAAUAAUAAUAAUAAUAAUAAUAAUAAUAAUAAUAAUAAUAAUAGUUACAUGUUAAGCACCGUUGUAAUAGUAGUAAUCGUUACCUUUAUUUGCCUGCUUGCCUUUUAUUGGAGUGGGGGGGGGAGCACAUGAGCCAAACCAGGAAAAAGAAAGAGGUUGUAUCCCAUAUUGCAUCAGGAUUUUUGUGGUAAUCAGAACUUGUUGGAAACAAUGAGAGCUACUAAUCCAUAUUUCAAGAUAAAUAUAGAUAAUAUGCAAGCUAUGAUCAGCUAGCCUGCGUGGCUUGAGAGAUGCCAACCCUGUUAAGAGGAGCAUUUCUCAAACUUUCCACACAGGUCACUCCUGACUAACUCUUUAUCUUGAGUCCUCAGAUGUUGUUGAACUAUAACACCCAUCAUCAUAAUAAUAAUAUAAUAAUAAUUUAUUAUU